AUGUCCAGCGAUACUCCCACCCCGCAGGACACCAUGUCCCCCCAACACUCCCUUCCCACCACCAACGGUAUUCGACGGCCAAGAAACGUCAAAAACCUGCAGCUGGACCUGUCCAAGAACCAGACAAAAUACCCGGUCCCUCUUACGUACUCCUCCAACGGCAAUAAACAGGUUCUGUCGCAUUCUCCAGCAACCACACCCAGAACCCCUAGACUCUACCGAACACCCUCUCUCAACACUGUCCUCAUGUCUUCGACAAGCUCCCCCACACAGACGGCCAGCAUUCAGCCUCCCGCACGGUCGCUGACUCUCUCUAUAAACUCGUCAAACGGCCACCAUAGCCAAAACACAGCACAGCCAGCCACCGCGGUCCAGCAGUCCCUCGAGUCCACCGAUUCGCUCGCAUUUUCCUCGUCCUCCACUUUCGACUCCUCAGGGUCUCUGUCCGCCGUGACAGAGGUGCCCUCCUACCACCCGCCUGGCUGCGUGAAAGCAUAUCCUGAAGGCCCUGUUUGCGUUCUGGAACCAAACCUUUAUUUGUACUCUGAGCCGUCAAUCGCCCAGCUUGUCGACUUCGACGUCAUCAUAAACGUCGCCCAGGAGAUCAAAGACUACACAGACCAGAUCUCCAACAAAACUUCGAUCUCAGGCCAGAAUAUCCAGUACUUUUACAUUCCCUGGACUCACACCUCAAAACUGAUGCCCGACUUCCCUAAACUCACAGAAAUCAUUGACAAGGCACUGGCAGAAAACAAACGUGUCCUGAUCCACUGCCAAUGCGGUGUCUCGCGCUCGGCUUCCCUAAUUCUGGCAUAUCUGAUGAAGCACAAAAAAAUCGGCUACAACGAUGCCUACAACAUGCUAAAAGAGAAGGCUCCGCUGAUUUCGCCGAAUUUCAGUCUGAUAUACGAGGUCAUGGAGUGGGGGCGCUAUCUGGGUUAUAGCUCUGCUGCUUCGUCCACUAAUGAUAUGUAA